GUGCUAAUUCUCCCGCAGUAGACUAAGCCUAACCCGCGAAUACAUGAAAACUCUGAAAACAUACUGUAAGCUCGAAAAUGAGCUGAAAAUUCAAUAAUUUAUGGUUAGGUGAUGAUGUGGUAAUAGCAGUUGACUACAGUUGGCUUGUAGCCGCAAUGGCAGCGGAAAUGCCUCACGAUUCUGUGGAGAAUGCGGGAUCGCUCUCGGCCAUCGUUCAACCCAUUCCUGUACCGUUCGGGGUUUCACUCGUGGCUGGUGGAGUGGCAGGUACUGCAGUAGAUGUCAUUCUCUACCCACUAGAUACCAUCAAGACCAGAUUACAAUCAGCCGAGGGAUUUUUCAAAGCCGGAGGUUUCCGGUCAUUAUACGCUGGCUUAGGCUCUUGUGCUGCAGGCUCUGCACCUUCAGCUGCAACAUUCUUUGCUAGCUAUGAACUAAUGAAGAACAUUCUAAGCCCUCGUUUGCCAUCCUCAUGUCUACCUGGAGUUUAUAUGGCUUCUGCUGUGGUUGGAGAAGUGACUUCUCUUGUGGUCCGCAUUCCUUUUGAAGUUAUCAAGCAAAGGGCACAGGCCUACACAGACAUGUCCAGUAUACAAGCUCUCAAGUGGACUUUAAAACAAGAUGGUUUCCCUGGUUUAUAUAGAGGUUAUUGGAGUACUGUCAUUAGGGAGGUACCAUUUGCAUUUUGUGAGAUUCCUCUGUGGGAGCUUCUCAAGACAGGAUGGUCACAGUACCAGGGCUACCCUGUGGACGCAUGGCAGUCCAGUGCAUGCGGAGGGAUUGCUGGUGGCUUUGCGGCUGCGAUCACAACACCCUUAGAUGUAGCGAAGACAAGGAUCAUUCUUGCACAGAAAGGAGAUCCAGAGGCUAGCAUCGGUGUCUACAGAGUGCUAAAGUUGAUUUACAGACAACAAGGAGUUACAGGGCUUUUUGCAGGAGUGACUUUAAGAGUAACAUGGAUAGCUCUUGGCGGUGCUGUGUUCUUUGGAUUCUACGACAAAGCCAAACAUGUCAUGAUGACAACCAUGCAUGCGAAAAAUGAUCAUAUUAGGUGACACAGUGCCUCCACAAGAAUGAGAAAGGCCUGGAAACUAAUUCUCUUCACACGGUCACGUACGUCGCCGGUCAUGCGACGAGUCACGUGGCUAGUCCGCACUAACUCGUCCCCAAUCUCCGCCAAACGCCGAGCCACUGCGGUCAAGGUCUCCUGGUCCACACAUACGUCAUGACGUAUUUGUGCUGGUGAAGAUGUUACUAUGGUAACCGACGAUUGAAGCAUUAGACAUCCUGUUGCCAUGGUAACUUUUGAUUCUGAUACCUGGUGAUGGAGCAAAAAGGGUAAUGUGUGAAUUUUUUUUAAGGCUGGAAUAAAAUCAGUUGAUAGGUG